GAGACUACCUGGUGACGAUUGAAGAAAAAGGCAGAGCGACUUUCCUGAGGGCGUACGUGAACUGGAGGCGCAUGUCUGCGGGGAGCGCUCGCGUUUGCGUGCGCAUGGUCGGUCACAAGAUGGAAGAGUCAUACAGUGAGAUUUUAAAAGAGCAGAUGUCAGUUGUGGAAAUGCCGCUUUCGGAUCCUCCGCUGUGCGUCUCGUGUUGUCCUGUCAGUGGAGAUCUCCUGGUGGGCUGCAGAAAUAAACUGGUCCUGUUCUGUUUGAAGUACGUGGCCAUCAACCAGAACCUGACUGUCUUAGACUUUGAGCGCUCCCUGAUUUUACAUGUUGAUAACUUCAUCCCCGCUGAGGUUGCAUUUUGUGCCAGACAUAUUGCCAUAACGACCGAGCUGGAUGUUCUGAUCUUGAAGCUGGAACUGGCCCAGCCAAGUGCGGACAGGGCAGAGCGAUGUGCAGAUCGAGGUGGAGCACCAGAAAGGCCUCAGGUGGGAGGUGUAGAAGAGGAAGACUUCUCGACACACACUUCGCAGUUUGAGCUAGAUGAGUUCGUCGUAUGUGAGAAGCCAGUGGAGCUGCUUGGAGAAGAAAGCGAGCUGUGUGCGAUCCCCGUCACGCUGGAAUGCACAGAGUUACCUACAGAACACACAGAAUGCUUCCGAGUGCGCUACCUGCUCUUCAGACGUUUUACACCCGACCAGUCGCCUUUUGGGUUCUGUGAAGAGACCAAGUUGCACUCUGUCCAGCUGCUUCCCGUGUACCGGGCAGGAAGUUCUGUGACAGCCCGCGAGGAAACGGAGACCAAGACAGAACUGCUGAGUCUCUUCUGCUUUUUCUCCUUACCUCACGCCGGGUACCUCUACUCUCUUGGGAGGUCAGUGGAGCUGAUUUCUACUUACCAGUAUUCAGAGAAGUCAGAGCAGGCAGUUCUCACUCCACAGUUCCUGCAUGUCAUUACAAGUGAGAGCCUGCAGUGUUUCACCGUGCGGUGCAGCGCGGCGGCAGCUCGGGAAGAGGAUCCAUAUAUUGAUACCACCGUGAAGGCUUGUCCGCCCGUCAUGCUGGAUGUGUGCACGCUGCGAAUGCAGCUCUUCAUAGGACCAAGAGCUCUCUGUCACUUCAAAAACCACAUAAUCCUUUUGACUAAGGCAGACACGGAAGAUAUUACUGAGAGAAGAAAGCCUGGAAGAAGGAUGCUUUCCAGAAAGGCUGACAGCAGCAAAUCCAGAACACAUUCUGAGCCAGAGCCUGGUUGGAAUUUAUAUCUUAUAAACACCGUUUCAACCGUUCAGCUGUACAGAGAAAUGGUGGAUUACAGCAGAACUUACGAAAAUGUGAAAACAGAGAGCUGCAUCCACCUUCUCAGUGAGGCUCACCUGCUGGUCAGAGCAGCUCUAAUGGACCCGGGUUUCCUUGACGCCGAUGAGGAAGAAGAACUUCUGGGGGCAUUCAGAGAAAGUUGUGCCUUCCUAGGAGACUGCUACAGCAGGUGUGACACGAGGGAUUAUCACCUGGCUUUGCCCUACUACAGAAUGUCGGGUUUAUCCGUCACUGAAGUUCUGAAGAGACUGGUCUCAGAAGGUGACGAAAGACAGGCAUACGAGAGAGGAUUUAUAUUUUACCUAACUCACUCCCUUAAUGAAGACGUAAAUGAAGAACUAAGUAAGGAAGCAGCCAAUCAAGUUCUCCAAAUAUUCUGCGUUGCUGACCCUGUGCAGCUGCCUCACAUCCUCUGCAGCCCCUGCAUGAGGAACACGUGUCCUUGGAGAGCUGUGAAGUGUCUCCAGAAGGUAGAAAAGACCCUGCCGUCGGUGGUCCUGACGCUCACCAAGGCUUUCAUGGCUCUGAAAAUGGGAGACCUGGUGAUGUAUGAACAUGAGAUGGACUCCUAUAAGGAGACGAUUCUGGCCUGUGGGUUCGCUGGGCAGCCGGAGCUCCUCAGGCAGCGCCAGGAAGGAAUGGCUGUUCCCACCGAGUUUGCCAUUCACCUGAAGGAGACGCAGCCGGGUUUACUGGUGGCUGCCGCUGUGGCUUUACAUGAGAACAGCAAAAUGGGACUGGAAGAAGCAGAUGCCUUUUUCAAGAUGCUGUGUAGUAAUAGUGAAAACACUAUCCCUCAGCUCUUGGUGGAUUUCUGGGAAGCUCUUCUUGUAGUGUCCUCUGAGGAGGAAGUACUUCAGGAGCUGUUACUGCGGGUUACGUCUCAGUAUGUUUGGAGAAUAUCAAAGCAGCAGCUUCCUGAGACUAAGCCGUUGAAAACAACGGAGGAUCUGAUAAACUGCUGUAAUCAUUUUGGGUUGAUCUUCCCAUGGGUAACUUCCAUAAUGGCAGAGGGAUCUCCGUCUGAUGAGGACUGCCAUGAGGAUAUCUCAAAGCUACAGUCUCUUUUGUGUAGCCAGUCAGCCAGUGUAGCUGCCAUGCUGCCGGUCCUGGCGCCUCUGGCAGAGGCCGGUGCAGUUGGCCUCACCGUCCGUGUUCUCUGCAGCACGCGCCUGGGCAGGUACGAGGAAGCCAUUGACCAGCUCCUCGAAAGGUGCCCUGGAGCAGCCGUGUCAUACGCUCAGCACCAGCUGAAAGAUGAGAGUCAGGCUGUGUGGUGGAACAAGCUGCUUCCUGAACUUUGCGAGAGGAGCCGAGUCGCUGGACACGCCUGCCCUGCUCUUCUUUCGUCUCUGCGAGAAACUUUGUCAGUCGUUGCAAUGGAACUGGAGCUGAGGGAUUUCCUCCGGCUUCUCCCAGAGGACGGAACUGCAGCAUUUUUCCUGCCACAUCUUCUUCACUGCAGCCAGAAGAAGCUGCCGACCUAG